AUGCUGUACUUGAUUGGGUUGGGUCUUUCUUACAAGAGUGACAUCACAGUUCGUGGUCUAGAGGCCAUCAGAAACUGUUCCAGGGUAUACCUAGAACAUUACACCAGUAUUCUUAUGGCUGCCUCCCUAGAGGAACUAGAAGAAUACUAUGGCAAGCCCGUCUUACUGGCAGAUCGUGAGUUGGUGGAAACUGGAUCCGAACAGAUCCUGAAGGACGCUGAUAAAGAAGAUGUUGCCUUCUUAGUUGUUGGUGAUCCAUUCGGUGCCACAACACAUACUGAUUUAGUUCUAAGGGCUAAGAGAGCAGGCAUUCCAGUUGAAGUUGUCCAUAAUGCAUCUGUAAUGAAUGCUGUAGGCUCCUGUGGUUUGCAAUUGUAUAAUUUCGGUCAAACUGUAUCGAUGGUUUUCUUCACUGAGAAUUGGAGACCUGAUUCCUGGUAUGAUAAGAUUUGGGAGAACAGAAAGAUCGGUUUACAUACUUUAGUGCUACUAGAUAUUAAGGUCAAGGAGCAAAGCAUCGAAAACAUGGCUCGUGGAAGACUCAUUUACGAACCCCCUCGUUAUAUGUCUAUCUCUCAAUGUUGUGAUCAACUACUUGAAAUCGAAGCCACAAGAGGUACCAAAGCAUACACACCGGACACUCCAGUGGUAGCAAUCAGUAGACUGGGUUCGGCGUCUCAAACUUUCAAAGUCGGGACUAUUGAGGAAUUGUCUCAAUAUGAUUCUGGUGAACCAUUACACUCUUUGGUCAUCCUAGGUAGACAAUGUCACGAACUUGAACUUGAGUAUUUACUAGAGUUUACAGAUAACAGAGAAAAGUUUAAGAAUGACGUUGCUGCCGAUCAGGAAUAUUUUAAGCCAGCUGCAUGGGUUCCUCCAACUGAAGAAGACAGCGAAUAA